AUGGCCGCACUGACACUUUUCUGGCAAGCUAAAGGUGAACUCUACAAGGAACUACAGAAGUCCAAAUGCUUCAGUGAGAGGCGAACUGCUACAGCAAGUUUGACAGCUGAAGAGAUAUUGAAUUCUUGGCCUGCUGCGGAAGUGGGAAAGGUACUACGUGAAUAUGGAGAAGAAAGCAAUUGGCAAUUUAUUCAGAAUCAAAUUGUUGAAGCUCGUGCACAAGGGGGAUUGCAUACUACAGAUGAACUUGUGCAUCUUAUAUACACUUUUCAGUUGAUUUGUUACAGUAAAAGCCAGCCUGCAACACAGACACCCUACCAACCUGCUCCAGUAGUCCAGCCAUCAAGUGCAUUCUCAUUUUCAAAUUUUAGACAGAUACAACCAGCCUCUUCCAGUGGCUUUGGUGCUAUGCCAAACAUCUUCAGUCAAAGCAGCAUUGGACAUGCCGUGACCUACACAAUCCGUGAUCUUGUUCUUCUUUAG